AUGUUUAGAUUCUCUUUAGCCUACCUUGAUAAGUAUGUGCGAUUAACGUCUGUUCCUCUUCUUCAAAUACUCACUGAAUCUCAAUCAAUCUCAGUCUCAAUCUCAGUCUCAGUCUCAGUCUCAGUCUCAGUCUCAGUCUCAGUCUCAAUUCAGUCUCAGUCUCAGUCUCAGUUCAACAUGAGUGAACUACAUCGAAUAUUUCAGACGUCAGAAUCCCUCAAUGAGAUCCCUGACAUUCUAGCAUACAUCCACAAUUACAAGCAAUCCCUCAAUAAUCAGAUCAGUCAGGAAAUACAGAAUUAUGAACCUCCUCAAGAUGUUGAUACUGAAAUCAAACAAUUAACCACGAUUAUAGCAAAAUCAUGGGACAAAUCCCAAACUAUACAGAAUUCCAUCAAUCAUUCUACCAAAGAAAUAUCCAAGUUGGAUAAUUUGAAGAGAAACCUUACAUUAUCGAUGAAUAUCUUCAAAAGGCUUCAGAUAUUAAACAUAACAGUCAUAGAGUUGAACAAACUAUUAUCUACCAAUUAUGAUUAUGAAAGAAUCUACAAUAACUUGAAGAACUUGAAGGAACUCAUGGUAUUCUUCAAAGACUAUAAAUCCAUUAAUCAGAUCAACCAAAUCAAUCAAAUGAUCAAUAAAAUAGAGGUUAAAUUAGUUGAUUCUAUAUUCAUAGAUUUUGAAGAGAAUAAAGGUGAUAUUUAUAGUUGCUUGAUCUUAGAAUUGAUCGAUAAGAAGUAUAAAGAUAAGUUAUUGACCUGGUAUUAUAACCUUCAGUUGAAAGAUAUAAAAUUAAUAUUCAACACCAAUGAUGAAGCAGGGUCAUUGGAUAAUUUGAGUAGAAGAUUUAUUUAUUUUAAUAACACUUUGGAGAAGUUGUCUAAUAAGGAUAAGUUUCCUCAAGAAUGGAAUGUUGAAUUGGAAUUAUGUAAGAUUUUCGUUGCCAUAACUAAAGAGGAUCUUAUCAAGAAAUUGACCAACAUUAAAUCUUCAGUAUUAUUGAAUUGUAUUAAUAUUACCAUAGAAUUUGAAAAUUCCAUGAAUGCCAAAUUCAAAACUACUUAUUUUUCAAAGAUCUUGUCCAAGAUUUUCGAACCUUAUUUGAAUGUAUGGAUAACCGAACAAGAAACUUAUUUACAAGGCAAAUUGAGUGAAUUCCAAAGAACCAUUAAGAUUCCUAUAGAAUUUCAAGUUAAUAAUGAAACUGAUUUGCUCAAAGUUUUAAAAGUCAAUAAUGUCCCCAACAUUUCAAGUUCAAGUUUAGAACUUUUCAAAAUUUCAAAUAAACUUAUAAAUCAAUUAUCCAAGAUUUCAACAGGUAAAAUAAUGAAAGAUUUAUCCAACGUCUUGAAUAGAUGGUUGAAUGAUUAUCGUGUCAGGAUGUUACUUCCAAUAAUUGAAGCCAAUGAUACCAACGAAUUAACUAAAACAGAAUUAAUCGUAUAUUUUACUAUGGUUAUCAAUACAGCUGAUUAUAUAAUCAAUAAUCUUAAUGAUUUAGUGAACAGAUUCAAGGAUUUCAAUAUUGAAAUGAAUGUUGAUAAUGUCAAAGAUAAUUACUUGUAUUUGAUUAAUAACACUAUUAAUAAGUUGAUCAACUUACUUUCAAAUGACCUUGGAUUCGGUUGGAGACAAUUUGAAAACACUAAUUGGGAAGAUAAUGAAAUCUUGACUAUUUCGAAUUACGUUUCUGAUUUCAAAUCUUCUAUUGAGAAUAACGUCAAAUUAAUUCUUCCAUUGAUUAUCAGAGAGAGUUAUAUAAAGUCAUUCAAUAAUAAAUUAGUAGAAUCGUUGAUUAAGGAGUUUAUUAACAAAUUGAAAGUCCUUAACAGAGGAAUUUCUAUCAAUUGUGUUGAACAAUUACUCAAAGAUGUCAAAAACAUUGAAGAAUUCUUGAUCACAUUACCUAACUUCAGUGAUCCUAAUAAUCAAAUCAUUAAACAGGAUAAUUUCUUCAAUAAGUUCGUUUAUACUCAAACAUCAAAACUUAAAACCAUACUUGACAUAAUCAAAGCUCCAAGUUUACCUGUUGAUGAUUUCAUUGAACAGUACUUUGAAAUCGUUGGAGAUAAAAACGUCAAUAACUUUAGGAAAGUAUUGUGGUUAAAAGGUAUCGAAACCAAAAAGUAUAUUGAUGCUUUCAAUUUACAAUUAUCAAUUGCUAACGAUUUACCUGACAAUUCCCCCUUAUCAUUGAUGGAUCCAAUAUCUUUCCAACCUCAAACCCAUCCUAUAAAAACUUCAUUACCUCCUCAACCAGUCGAAAAGAAAGGAACGUUCAAUUUCUUAUCGCCUGAUGAAUCUAGAGCUAAAUUAGAGAAGAAUUUAAGAGAAUUUACCAUCAAUAGUGAAAAUAACAUUAACAAAUUGAAUGAAAAUUUCAAGAAUUUUGGUAAACUCUUUAGAAAAGAUGAUAAUUGA